AUGGCCAAUCAAUUCUACGGCGCCGCCUUCAUUUACCCUGUCUACCUGCUCCACUACACGAUCGCCAACAAUUCCAAAACACUGACCCCCCCGCGGAAUAAUCCACGUAUGACUAUCGCACUGCUCAUCAGUGCCGUCACCUGCGUGAUCAUGCCCUUCACCUUCCUGUUUCCCGCCUUUGUUCGGUGCAGCGUUGCGCGACGCCAGCGCGCCAUUGCGCUUUACCGGUUUGCACCGCUCGUGCUGGCCUUGGUCCAGUGGGGCGGGGAGCAGCUGCCGCUGGAGCAGCUCGUCGCGUCCCCCAUGUCCGAAUCGGUACCGUAUGUCGUGGUUGGGGUCGCCGCAGCAGUGGGGCAUCUGUAUGCGCUGCUGGGCGCCGCGGCACUCGGGACAGUCCGACAGGUGUACCUGCCCAGUCCGGCACCCCCUACAUCGCCUGUCGCCGUGCUCCCCAAGGCCGCUCGCGAAUUCCUUCAGUACGACGUACAUGUUCUCGUCGCCGCAUUUCUACCCUUCGCUUACCACCUGCUGGCACCGGUGGUAUCCAUUUAG